ACUUCUUACAAAGCUACAAGAACCCCUCCCAAUAUGCACACAAAAAUAGUUUCACUAAGCUCCCAAAGCAUAUAAUCCCAAUCCAGACAGUUCCUUCACACCAAACCAAGAACUAAGAAACCAAGCAAACCAAACCCUCUACCAACUUCACCACCAUGGGAGUGAGCAACAAGAUCACAGCAGUCCUCAACUUCAUGGCCCUUCUCUGCUCCAUCCCCAUAAUGGCCGCCGGCAUCUGGUUGGCCUCCAAGCCCGACAACGAGUGCAUCCACUCUGUCCGGUGGCCGGUCUUCGUCCUCGGCGUCCUCAUCCUCCUUGUCUCCCUCGCCGGCUUCAUAGGCGCCUACUUCAACAAACAAGGCCUUCUUGCUCUCUACCUCUUCUGUAUGGCCGCCCUCAUAAUCCUCCUACUUAUUGUCCUCAUAUUUGCUUUCACUGUUACAAGGCCUGACGGAAGCUACGCCGUUCCGGGCAGGGCUUACCGGGAGUAUCGGCUGGAAGGGUUUUCUAAGUGGCUUAGAGAUUACGUUACUGAUUCCAGCAAUUGGCAGAAGAUAAGGGUCUGUUUGGCUGAUUCUGAUACUUGUCCUAAGCUCACUGAGAAUUACAUCACUGCUGAUCAGUUCUUUACUGCUCACAUCUCUCCUCUUCAGUCAGGAUGUUGUAAACCUCCAACAGCUUGUGGCUACAACUAUGUGAACCCAAAUCUGUGGAUAAACCCAGUAUACCCUUCAGCAGACCAAGACUGUUUGCUGUGGAAUAAUGACCAAAACAUACUGUGCUACAAUUGCAACUCUUGCAGGGCUGGUUUACUAGGCAACUUGAGAAAAGAAUGGAGAAGAGCCAAUGUGAUCCUAAUCGUGGCAGUGGUGAUUCUCAUCUGGGUCUAUGUAGUUGCCUGCAGCGCCUUCAAGAAUGCGCAAACAGAGGAGCUCUUCCGCCGUUACAAGCAGGGAUGGGUGUGACUUCAGCCAUGUUGCCAAACACAGCUCAAGUAUGGGGCACCUAGGUCUAACCAAGGGGCCUUAUCCUGUUGGUGAUUAAUUUGUUUUUGUCAUCAAUAGCAUUUUGUAGUGUAUAUAUUGCCUUGUUCUUUAUUUUUCUAUGAAAUGGACAGAAAGCGCAAAUGUGAGAAUAGAAUCUCAUUCCUCAGCUUUUUCCACCAGAACUGGUAUCAGAUGCUUCUGCUUCAAUGGUGCUUGUGGCUUAUUGGAUUAAUAUACGUUUUGAGUAUUAUAUUG